CUGGGACUUCCACGGUUAUUUUAAGUAGAAGUCUGGUCACUUUCAGUCGAAGUUCCAUAUAUAUCAGCUGAUGUUAAAGCUUGCCGAUAAAUUCAUUGGAUUCAGGGUAAAAGUCCUGAGAAGACAAAAAGAUUGAGUGAAGAAAUAUUUACCUGUCAAUUAGACCCUCAUCCAUGUGUCUACUCUAAUAUAUAGGACAGCUAUUUCCUCCACCUGGUUUUGUACUUUUCAGCGUUAAGCACCCAUUUUCAGGGUUCGAACCCAGGGCCUUCUGGUUACAAGGCGAGCCAGCUUGUAGUCGAUCAAGCUACUAGAACGGAUUCAAUGGGACAUGAGUUCCUAUAGGACGGAGUUUCGUGGAGUUCUGGUGAGAAGCUGUGACCAGUGAGGUCCAUCCAUCCAGGUGUGAGGAUGGAUUUCCCACCGAUGACAUUGGUUGAUGCCAGUUGCGCCAAAUCACGAAUUAGUAGGUCGUGUUGUGCUACCUCCCACCCUUCAUAAUGUGUUUCUUUGUCUUCUAUUCGUGUCUUCCAUGUUUUGCCAAAAUACUGGUUCAUUUCCUCUCUUUGACGUCAAAUCUCUCUAUCUCCUCCGCUAUUUGAUGUUUCUAUGUCAAUGAGUGUCUCUUUAUAUCUAUGCUACUGAUAAAUCUCACAGUAGCAUUCGUCACGUUAUUUACGUGUCUACUUUCCUAAUCACUAUUCUCAAUGAAACCUACAACGACACACUACCACACUGGCGAACGACGCAAGAAAGGAAGAAAGCAAACUUUCAACUCAAUAGCGAAAUAAACUUGACAGUAUUUCAAUAUAUAUAUGUAGACUUAGAUGACCUUGAUUUCAGUGACCUACAUUUGAUAAGUUAGACCAUUUAACAACCAGUGGGAUUCAAAUGUGUGUUGGGUGGGUUGGGGAAAAUAUAAGCAUCUCUGUACUAUAAAAACAAAAUGAAUAUUUUGGACACAUUGGCUUCACUACAAAACAUCUUUUUCCUCAAAAUCUGGAAAAUAAACAUUUAGAGGAAACAAAUGACGAGAUUAUGGUGAAUUCAAAAGAGUUUAUGCGUGUCAGGUUUCACUGUCUAAUCACCAUUGUUUUGUUUAUGCUAACUCUUUAUUUAUUUUCCAAUAGAAUUUUAAAAUUUGAGGAUCCAGAUCAAACCAUCAAGGACAAAUUAAACUCAUCUUUGGGACAUAUUCAGACUACUGAAAUCAGGAAAUAUAAUGAAUACUGCAUGCGUAUCACAUCCUUCUCUUGUGAAAGAUUUACAUGACACUGCAAUAAUACAUAUUGAAAUGUCAGUGGAUCCAGUGUUCAAAAAGGAACAGAUUAGCGUAAAGUUUGAGCCGAAUCGGAUUAUAGUUACUGGACGAUAUGACGAGAAACAGUCACCUGGUGAUUUUGUUGAAUUCAAAAAAUCCUUCGAAAUUACAGAGGUGGUGGAUCAAUCCUGUCUCUCUGUUCAGAUAUCUGGUGCUACGUUGGUCGUUGAAGCACCAAUAAUCGAAGAUAAGAAUUAAUUAUAUACUUUCUUUCAAACCGC